UACAGCUGGGAAAGAUGAGUGUCAGUGAGAGAAAGGGAGAAAGGAUGGAAAAGAAACCAAGGUGGCAGAUCCCUGUUUAAGGAUGAGGAACAAAAUCUCACCGGCCUUAAGAGCUUAGCUUGAACAUCAACUUUGGCCACUAUCCUUCAAGAUCUCCAAGGCUGAUGAUUCCACCAGGCAAUCUUCUUCAUGAGGCACAAAAAAUGUUGACAUAGUCAAUGUGCAGAAGAUCCGGCAGCUUUUCAUCCAGGGAGAUCAGCAACGUUGGCAGAGGAGACCUCUCUUUUUGACCCAUGCACCACAAGACAGAGGACUGACAAGCCAUGGAGACCCAUUCCUCGACCUGUUUUGGACCCUGAGAUGAAAAAUUACAAGUUUGGUAACACCCACCAUCUUCCUUUGUCUUUCUGUCAAGGUUGCUAGAAGAUUUAACGACCUAUGUGGACAGGGAAGUCCCUCCUCUAGUAUCAAAGCAUGCACCAUCUGCUGGUCUUGGCAUCUUUUUGUCUUUCUUCCUUUUCUGGGAGUUCAGCAAUUUACCAAAGGCCAACAUAUCCAGCAACACCACCACCUCUCCAACACUUGCUGGACCCAAUAAACAAGAUUGUGCACAGCCAGAGAUGCGCUACCGUCACCUUGCCCUGUAUUCUGAAGGCACCACUACCCAAAAAUUAUAAGGUGAGAUGGAGCAAGGUGGAGCCAGCCGAAUAUAUGGAGGUCGUCAUCUUGAUCACCAAUGGGGCCCAUCAUAAAACCUAUGGUCCGCUGGGCAGCCGAGUUCGCCUACGGCACAGCCACCGUUACGAUGCUUCUCUGACCAUCUCCAAUGUAGCACUGGAAGAUGAAGGCCGCUACCGCUGCCAACUGAUCAAUGGUCUGGAAGAUGAGAGUUUGACUCUUGUGCUGGAAUUAGAUGGUGUCGUCUUUCCCUACCAGACCAACUACGGGCGCUACAAAUUCAACUAUUUUGAGGCCAAACAAGCAUGUCAGAGGCAGGAUUCUCGGCUGGCCACAUAUGGACAGCUUUACAAAGCAUGGACUGAAGGACUGGACUGGUGCAAUGCAGGCUGGGUCAUGGAAGGGACUGUACACUAUCCCAUAAUUAACUCCCGUGAGCCCUGUGGGGGCCGUCUCCUUCUCCCGGGUGUCCGAAGCUAUGGAGCCAAGAACAAGUCAAAAGAUCGGUUUGAUGCCUUCUGUUUCUCUUCUGCUGUGAAAGGCCGGGUCUACUUCAUCCGUGGCCACCUGAACUUCAAGGAGGCCAUUCAGGCCUGCCAGAAAGAUAGAGCCACCAUUGCCAAGGUUGGACAAUUGUAUGCAGCAUGGAAGUUCUCCAAGCUGGAUCACUGUGAUGGAGGCUGGCUGGAGGAUGGCAGCGUGCGCUACCCAAUUAUCACUCCCCGCACGGGCUGCGGAGGUCUCCCUGAUCCUGGUGUCCGCAGUUUUGGCUUCCCCAGCAAGUUGCGGAAGAAGUAUGGCGUCUACUGCUUUUCAGUGAAGUAGGGAGGCCGAGAGACAGAGGGUGAGGAGAAGGGUUUUCUCUUAACUUGAGGGGACAACUGGGCCCUGCUUUCCACCUGGGCUCCCACACAAACUGGUACUCUGUACAUAAUACCUUGAUGUCCACUGUUUGACUGGGACUAGUACCUUUACCUGCUCUGAAUUUUCCUUUCUCCCUGCAGGGAACCUCAUGUUUUAGCCAUAUCCAACCGUAUACAUAUUUUGGAAGUCGUUCAUUCAAGUUUCUCUUAAUCUGGCAUCUUGUCUCAAUUAAUAGUACCCUUUAACCUUUCUAGGAGUAAGGUUGACCGCCUCCCAGCCAGGUACUAACUUCACCACUGUCCUUUAUUACCCCAAAGGGCACAAACUUGCCAUUCCCACCCACCCCCGUCCAUCCAUUCAUCUGCCUUCUACAUAACUACAGGUACUUUUAAAAACCGAAAACAGUUACCUUAUUGUAACUUUUCCUUGCUGACCUUGUAUAGCUACCAAGAAUUUAUUUAGUUACUUGAUUUAUAGUCUGCCUUGCUUGCUGAGAUAUAAGGUGAAUUAUAAUUAAAGCAAUGCAGUAGAACAGUA